GUGCCCAGGAACACCUCGCAUAUACUCUGAAAAUGAGCUUGAAUUGCUUGAUAAUCAUAUAUCUUCGCCGUUCCUGAAAAAGAAGCCCCAUAGCCCACCCCCGCAUUCACCAUGGCAGUGGGGUCGGUGGACAUCCCAGCAAAUUCUCAGGGCUGCGAAGCUCCGGGCAUGUCUAUGCUGCCACGAGAGAUUUUCUGGAUGAUUUUGAACUACCUUACUCCCAGAGAUAUUGUCCGUUGCCGCCUUGUCUCUCAAUGCUGGAGUCAAUGUUUCGGGAACCCCGCAAAUCUGAUCCCUCUAUUGAAAAGGUUCUUCCCUCUAGCGAAGGAAGUCAGAGAACUCCGCAGUGAGGAGCUUGACUGUGCACUGGAGUCUACAGACGAUGGCAUCUAUUGGUGCAGACUCUUUGAUCAGCUUGCCUCCAGAUAUGAUCAUCUUAACCAAGGGAAACCCAGAUCUAUCCAGAAAUACAAACUUUGCGACGACUUUGGAUCAACUGGGGAAAGAGAAUGGUUCCAGGUGCAACCCUGGGAGAACCAUGCUAGCCACCUAAUGCAGCGCGUUGAUUGCCCUUUUCCAGAGUCAUUUUGGUCGUACGAGGAUGGCCUGGUCGUGUAUCCGAGCGCCGACCAUUCGUGCCUUGUACUCUUGGAUCUAGAUAGUGACAGGAGUUUCAUGAUUCCUUUCAUUAUCACAGGCAAGGUGAUACGCAGAAUACGACUGCAGAAAAGGGUGCUCGUUGUCGAAUGGGCUGAACCCAAAGCCUUCCAUUGGUUGAAUGACAGUGAUGGGGUGCAUCGCCACUUUGCUUCAUCUUUUGAUGUGGUAGGGGCUUCUAGUGGAUGGAAUGUUAAGUUUCGGAAUGAAUGGAAGAUCAUGUUCCUUGGUCACCCACUCAGCGAGCGAGAUCGCUUUUAUUCCACGCACAGCGAGACACAUUAUGCCAUCUACAUUUGGCAGCCCAAUCGCAGUCUGUACACUGCAGAUGACGAUGCCCCCAUCGAGUCGCUGUCUAUUUGGGAUAUCUCAAAGCCGUCAGAUUACCGACCCUCCUUGGACCCAACCGGGCGUCUGCGAGCUGAAGGGCAAGACACCGGCCCAGCUAUCAUUACGCGUUUUGGAUUCAGGGAGCUAGGAUUCUACUCUGUCAGGCAGCGAGGGUUUCCCGGGGUGCAGUGCUUGAACAUCAGUGAUGAUAAUCAAUCUAUAGAUAUUGUCGAGAACCUGUGCACAGGGCCAGUCGAUCGCUUGGUGUCACCGACAGAAUGGACAUCGCAGGUGCAAAUCACGAGCAUUCCAAUAACUGGUGAGGGACCCUGCUGGAGGCGGUAUGAUGAUCAAGUGCUUCCUCCCUACCGCGGAAACAAUAGCUUACAGACAAAACCUCUUACUUCUGCCAUCGGCGAUGAACCAUGGUAUGCUGUCAUUUCCGAAGCAUAUGACAAGAACGCUGAGGUCGGAUUCUGCCUCCAUCUGUCACCUAUCACAUGGCCUUUUGACUUAAAGAUGUUCCUGAGCAUCCGAACACCCUUGUCGACUAAAACUCUAAAACAGGACGAUGUCUUUGAGCUCAUAGGUAAAGGAACGAUUUGCGGAAAUGAGAGGUACGUGGUUGGCGAGAAUAGUAACCGCGAACUUGUGGUGUAUAGAUUUGAUAGGUAGAGAGAGA